AUGAGCCAAACGGAGUUUCCCUUCGAUCUAUUACACACCGAAAUCAUCAACUAUGCGAAGGAGAGUGAAGAACGUCGGAAUGCUGCGAAACGAGACUGGGAAAAGGUCGUGAGAUUUAUUUGUAAAGAAUUCUGGUCGGCCGUGUUUGGCAAACAGGUGGAUAAUCUGAGGACUAAUCACAGGGGUGUCUAUGUCGUGCAAGACAACAAGUUUUGUACACUGCGCUCACUGGCAGAGGGUCGACAGUUUGUUCGUGAAUCCGGUGCGCUGGUCGCAUUUCCGUGCGGUGCUGUGAGAGGUGCUUUGGCAAAUCUCAACGUGCAAGCAGAGGUUACAGCCACGAUAGAAAACCUACCGGCUGUGAAGUUCAAUAUUCAUAUCGCGCAAAAAGGCUAG